AUGUUGGCUACACUCAUUUCUCUUCCCCAGGCGUGUUUUCCCACGAAUGAGCUGUACCAACGCCUCUGGAAGGCCUUCCAGUACAACGGUCACCUGCCCGCUGAUGUGGGCAUUCCCUCACAGUUCCUCCAAGGAGGAAACACUACGGAGCAGGAGUUUCUGGACGCAUGCCACGAGACGUAUCGGGCCUGGAAUGCGACGGGUAAAACUGGGAUGAGGGAGCAGAAAAGGGCCGCCCUGGUGGCUAAUUACAGGGGCGUGCCGUCAGACAUUAUGGAAAAGUUGCGAAAGCUGUACGCCUCUGAUUUCGAAAUGUUUGGCUACGACGAACAUCCGGCAUAUCUCUUUGAGGAUAGAUCCGCCAGAUAGCAGGGACUCUCAACCCAUAUUUCACAUCGGCCACAUAGUCGCUCGCCGAAGAGUGUUCGUGUCUACUUUCAGUGCAUAAAAAUUGUGUGGGUUUUGCUUUUAAG